AAACUAAAGAAAGAAAUUGCAUUUUCAGAAGAAGUUAUAUUAUAAAGUUAUAUACCUAAAAAAUAAAUAUUACAACACUUCAUAAAAUGUACACCGACGCGAGCACACAAUACGCUAUAGACGAAAACAUACCAAACAACGAACAAAAUAUCAUCGAUGAGGAAUAUGACAAGAGAAGCUACGAAAACAAACGCAAUGACGCAGUUCUAGUGUUAAAAGAAGAGAAGAGUGAAGAACCUGAAGACAUUCACGAAGCUGUUGAAGAAUGGGCGCGGCGUUCAUCUGGAGUGAGCGACUUUAACGAUGUAGACUGUGGUGAGCCUGCAACGGGACAACACCUGAGAAUCAACUUCGCGUUUACUGAAGAUGAUAACAUAGAGCUGGAGAAUAAGUGUCGCAGUUUUUGGAAGUUUAUCGCUAGCCAUCCACAUUUGGAACAGAUCAAGGUUUUGCCGACAAAUGAUGCUGAGAGCACAUCUGCUGAAGAUGCUGAAAUAAUAACGAAAAUGCAAUCGAAUAAUGCAGUGAAAACUGCAGUGCAGUGGAUGGAACACGACGAUGUAAUGAAAACUGCAAUGAGAACGAAAUUCAGGAAAACCUACUGCGAGCUGGAUAGAGGAGAUUACUGCGAUGGGAGGAAGAAAACCCGCAGAAACUCCAAAAUACAAAUCAAUGGACGUAAAGGUAGUAGUUAUAUUGCCAACAAUGUAUUAAUUCUACAGAACAGAAGAGCUUAGAUUUUUGAUACAAUAAAGUGUCGAGACAAGCAAUUCGUUCGGUUGAUGGUAUACGCGAAGAUGGCCUACGAGCUAAACAGCAAUGUACAGCGUUCGUCACUGAUACGUUAGAUGUUAAAUCUUAUAACAUGGUAAUACAGACAACAACAAUAUAUUUCAUGUCGGGCACAAAAAUGUAGUUUCUUGUCAUGCAACUGAGUAAAGUAAUUUUACUUACACAAUCUACUUCUAGUUUAAACCAGUUAGAAGUGAAACAUAAAACA